CAUCACUAGCAUGGGCCUUCUAGCGCCGCAUGAAAUUCACGAAAGAUAACGUUCCACAAGACGAAUUACCGAUAGUUCAUAAAUUAAUCGUAGUUAAAUUAAGAAAGCGACAUGCUGGACAACGAUACCAGCAACAAUAACAACUGCAAUCCACAAAAGCUGCCUUUGGGCGAUCUCAAAUUUGCGAUUUCUGGACAGGAUGGAGUGCGCAGGAAUGUUCCGGCAUUGGACGAGUACUGGGUACGUCGCGAGAAGCCUUUUGGCAGCUACAUCUGCCUGAUGAGCUCUUAUGGCCGCCUUAAAUCCGAUGCUGCGUUGGAGGAGUGGACCUUUGCGGCUAACAAUAGUCGCCAAGAUAUGGAAUUCCUUUUGAGCCUGAGUCAGCACGAAUUUUGGUCGUAUAUGGUCUACGAGGAGUCGGCCAUGGCAGCCAUUGUUACAUUUCUUCAGCGUGCCAACCCUUACUACAGACAAAUAGAGGACAGCCAGGAUAAGGAGAUGGAAGAGGCGAAUCUGCUGUAUGGGCAGCUCCUCGACCUCGUCGUCCGCCUAGUGAUGCGACUAUGCACCGGAGAAGAAUCGGAUACGGAAUGGAUCAGUCCGCAGCAGCACAGCAGCCUAUUGUACAGCAACUACCUCAUAUCGGUACCUAUGCUCUUUGACUUGUGCAUAGCCGUGGGCGAUGCGGAGCAAACGAAUGUGGAACUACUGCGCAAAAUCUUUGAAAAGGUUCUCCGACUUCAGCCGGAGUACAAAAAGGAUCUGAAGGAGGCGUUGGUCUUCUACGAGAGCGCCUUCCUCAGCAUGCAGAUUCAGGUGGAGAAUGAGGGUUGCGAGGGCGCCGGCGGCGGAGCUCCUUUGGAUGCAGACUUGGAGACGCCCUACGACGAUGUUGUACUCUUUGCCAUGGAUUGCGCCUAUACGCUACGCCUGCUGCUUCUCUUGUGCCCUGAACUGGUUGAAACCAUCGAACAAAUUCGUUUGGCUCAAAGCAUUGCCAAUUUCUAUGACAUGACUGUGCCAAUGUUGUACAAGAACAUUUAUAUGGUUAACCCGGGAGCCAGCUCCCUGCGUUGGCUUAACGAGACGCGCCAGCAGUUCCUUUUCGUCACUCGUCGCGUGAUCAGCCUGCAAAUGGAGGGAGGUAGGGGCCAGCAGCUGGUGGAACUGCUGCAGGAGUGCCUGUCGGCUCAAACCUUCGUAGUCGACUACCAGCGGCAGUUUCCCCUGGAACACGAUAUGGAGUUGCUGCUCCAACGUUGCCCGAAUAUCAAAAACUACAAGGUGGACUUUGUGAUAGCCGGCUACCAGAAAGCCCUGAGCAGCUGCCCUGGCGGUAUAAUGGCUGACAACAUGGUCAGCCACCUGGACACCGAGGAAGAGGACGACGAGUACGAGGAAGAGGACUCUUCACGCACAUCACCACUGCCGUCUCCGACAGCCAACGGAGCUACUAGGGACAUUGAUUUAGAAGUGAACGCCGUCCUGGACGUAUUGUCCGAUCUAGGGACAGGGUUCAUCCGGCGCCUACUCACCCGCUACGAGAAUAGUGAGCAGAUCAUUGCCGCUAUUCUCGAUGACAAUCUUCCGCCAGAUCUGGCGCAGAUGGAUCGGCAGGAAGUGUAUGUUCCGCCCGAUCCGCAGGACAAACUGCAACGGCAAACAGGCGUGCGCCACUUCAACGUCCACGAUGGAGAUCGCUAUGAUGUGCUGACACGGGAUCAGCCGGAGUGCAUCAUAAAGCAGGGAAAGGGCUUGCCCGGAGCUCCUCGCAAUGCAGAGCAGCUGCUGGACGACAAACGUGAUCUAGAGCAACUGAAAGAGCGUUUCCAACAAUACGCCAUGGUGGAGGAGACGUCAUUGGAGAGUGGCGAGUAUGACGAUGAAUACGACGACAGCUACGAGGCUUUAAACGAGGGUCAAGCACCUCCGGUAAGCUUACUCCGGGCAAAACUUCAGGGUGUUGCUUCCAAUUCCGCUUACGAGGCCCAGGAUCAGGUGGAGGACGAGGAAGAGGAGAGCUCUGAAAGCGGUUCCGAUACGGAAACGGGGAAACGAAAUAAUAGAGACUUCUGUGAAAAUCCAGAGGUUAUACGCGCUCGUUACCAGCAACGGCAAAUGGCCAAGUACGGCCAGAGAAGUGGUGGUGGCGGAGGAGGAGGAGGAUUUGGUGGUGGUGGUAGCGGAGGUUCUGGGCAACAUUCUAGUUCCUCUGUGGUGGGAGCACCUAAAGGCCAGGGUCAGUCCCAACAGACACAACGUAGCCGUGGGCAAAAGGAGGCCCACAAAUCCUCCCGUGCCAAUCAUAAUCGCAAAGCCGGAGCUGCCUUUAAGCGCAGCAAGGGAAUGAUGGGUUAGUCAAAGACCAAGUCCAAGAAACCCAUUUGCGAGAUUCUAAAAUAAAUAUAUUAAUAUUUA